GGAGGGACCGAAAUGAUGUAAUACGAAUAUUAAAUGGGUGUGGAUAUUUUGCUGAUAUUGGAAUUAAAGUCCUUGUUGAGCGAGCCCUUGUAACUGUUGACAAUAGGAACAAGCUUAGAAUGCAUGAUUUGUGAAGAGACAUGGGAAGACAAAUAAUUUAUGAGGAAUCACCAUCAGAUCCUGAGAAGCGCAGUAGGUUGUGGCGGCGUGAGGAAGUGUUCGAUAUAUUAGCAAAGGAUAAGGGAACCGAAGCUGUGAAGGGACUGGCUUUGGAGUUUCCAGGAAAAGAUUGUCUGGACACCAAAGCAUUUAAAAAGAUGAACAAACUCAGAUUGCUUCGCCUCACUGGGGUGAAGCUUAAGGGAGAUUUUAAAUAUCUUUCAAGAGAUCUUAAGUUGCUAUACUGGCAUGGAUUUCCAAAAACCUACACUCCGGCAGAAUUUCAGCAAGAAAGUCUAGUGGCUGUUGAAUUAAAAUAUAGUAAGCUCAAACAAUUAUGGAACAAGAGCCAGAUACUAGAGAAUCUAAAAAUUCUUAAUCUAAGUCAUUCUCCAGAUUUGACUGAAACCCCAGACUUUACAUACUUGCCAAAUCUUGAAAAGCUAGUACUCAAAAAUUGUCCAAGUUUGUCUACAGUCUCCCAUAGUAUUGGAUCUCUACAUAAAAUUCUUCUCAUAAAUUUGACAGACUGCACAGGUCUUCGGAAACUUCCAAGAAGCAACUAUAAAUUAAAAUCUCUAGAAACUUUGAUUCUUUCUGGAUGUUCCAUGAUUGAAAAAUUGGAGGAGGACUUGGAACAGAUGGAAUCUUUGAUUACCUUGAUUGCUGAUAAGACUGCUAUAAAAAAAGUGCCAUUUUCAGUGGUAAGAUUGAAAAGCAUUGGAUAUAUUUCUUUAGGUGGCUUUGAAGGAUUUACACGUGAUGUAUUUUCUUCUCUCGUUCGCUCUUGGAUGUCACCAUCAAAUAAUGUGAUAUCCCUAGUUCACACAUCGGUGUCCGUGUCAUCACUUGUUAAUUAUAAGGACCUUCAAAAACUUCGAGUUCUUUAUGUGGAGUGUGGUUCAGAUCUACAACUAACUCAAGAUAUUGCAAGAUUUUUGGAUGUAUUAAAAACCAUAAGUUGUACGAUGUUGGAAGCAAGUGCAAAUUCAAUUGCAUCAGAGAUCUCUGAUAUGUAUGAUUCUCCCUUAAUUGAUGGUUGCCUCGGUCUAGUUCACACUUCAAAGUCAAAAAAUCACUUGAAAUCUCUCUUAAUUCAAAUGGGAACAAAAUGCCAAGUCUCCAAUACUGCUGAAGACAGUGUUUCACAGACUACAAAGGAUACAGAGGAGGCCUGGGAUUCGUUUUCGCUCCCCUAUGACAAUAAUUCUGAAUGGUCAACCUUUAGUUGCAAAGGUUGUUCCAUAAUAUUUGAUAUCCCAAUAAUAAAGCCACUAAACCUGAAGAGUAUGAGAUUAUUCAUCGUCUAUUACUCUUCCUCGGAAAACAUAAUAUCAGAAGGUUUCCAAGGUGUGUUAAUCAUAAAUUACACAAAGAGAACCAUUCAGGUUUAUAAAAGAGAUACACUAAUCUCAUUUGAUGAUGAGGAUUGGCAGAGCAUAACAUCAAAUCUAGAACUUGGUAACAAAGUGAAGUUUAUGGUUGUUUUUGGGGAGGGUUUCCAUGUUGAGAAUACUACAGUAUCUCUCUUAUAUGUCGUUGCUUCUGGCAAUGACGAUAAUCAUGUUGGUGUUUCUGGUGGUGAUAAUGAAGUCAUAAAUCAGUUUAGGGAGGUAAUGGUGAACCAUUUGCAGAUCACUUGGCCCACAGAUGGGUGUUAUACCGAUGGCGUGGGAUUGGUAGAGCUAGUACCGCAUGACCUUGACCAGCCUGCGGAGGAAGUAGCUGAGGAGGUUUGUGCAGCUGAAGUUGAGGAUGGUCAGAAGCAACAGGUUCCUCUACCCGAGGGUCAGCCUGAGCUGCGAGCAGCAGAAACACCUGAGACCAUUGGGCUGGUUCUAGGAACUCAGAUUUUGGAUGCCCUCAAAGAGUUCAGGGCUGAUUUCGUUCGACUAGAGCAGACUGUUACUGCUAGGUUAAAUGCAGUAGAGGUCAAAUUAGAGAAGCUUGAGGAUGUAAUUGCUCAGAUACCGCAUGCAUCGAGUUUCAAGUCCACUUCUAUGCUUAUGUUUCUUUCAAUGUUGCUCUUCCUUUUGUUAUGUUGUUGGGUUGUUUUUCUAUCAUUACUUGGAUAUUAAUAUGGUACACUCUAAGUCCUUUUAGUUAUUUUUUAUUCAUACCAGUUUCAGUGUUCUAUCGUUAUUUGAA